CCAAGGACACAAAUGGAAAGGGAGGAGCAAAAAGUGACGUCUUCAUAUUUCCUCUUGUGGGACCCAGCUCCAGUCUCUCCUGCCAAACUCUCUACUUUGCCACCGGAAAGCAGAAAGGAAGGCCUUGGCUUAAAAUGGGUUCCCUCAGCACGGCGAAUGUUGAAUUUUGCCUGGAUGUGUUCAAAGAGCUGAACAAUAACAAUGUAGGAGAAAACAUCUUCUUUUCUCCACUGAGUCUGCUUUAUGCCCUAAGUAUGAUCCUUCUCGGUGCCAGAAGAAACAGUGCAGAGCAAAUGGAAAAGGUGCUUCACUUUAACCAAGUUGCAGAAUCAUUAAAGUGGGAGUAUAAGAACUCAUCUAAGUGCAGCCAAACUGGAAGGAUUCAUUUGGAGUUGGGAGCCCUGUUCUCUCGAAUCAACCAGCUGGACUCUAACUAUACCCUCGGCUUGGCCAACAGGCUCUAUGGGACCAGGGAGAUGACAUUCCGUCAGAAAUAUUUAAGCUGUUCUGAGGAAUUGUAUGGAGCUAGGCUGCAAACUGUUGAUUUUGAACACUCUCCAGAAGAAACCAGGAAAACCAUUAAUGCUUGGGUUGAAAGUAAAACCUAUGGGAAAGUUAAAAACCUCUUUGCAAAGGGCACAAUUGACCCUUCUUGUGUGAUGGUCCUGGUGAAUGUCAUGUAUUUCAAAGGACAAUGGAAAAAUAAAUUUCAGGAAAGAGAAACAAUUAAAGCUCCUUUUCAGCUAAGUGAGGGUAAAAGCGUAAUUGUGGAAAUGAUGUAUCAAAGCGGGACGUUUAAACUGGCCUUCAUCCCGGAGCCGCAGAUGCAAGUUCUUGAGCUGCCCUACGUGAACAACAGGCUCAGCAUGGUGAUUCUGCUUCCCGUGGGCCCAGCUCAUCUCAAACAGAUAGAAAAGCAGCUGAACCUGAAGACAUUUCAGAAGUGGACCAGUUCUUCCAAUAUGGUGGAAAGAGAAGUUGAAGUCCAUAUCCCCCGAUUCAAACUUGAGAUCAAGUAUGAGCUAAAUACUCUGUUAAAAUCCCUAGGGAUGACAGAUAUCUUUAACCAUAUCAAAGCUGAUCUUUCUGGAAUAUCACCAGCUAAGCGCCUGUAUUUAUCCAAGGUCAUCCACAAGUCCUACGUAGAUGUCAAUGAGGAGGGUACUGAGGCAGCAGCUGCUGCCGGGGAAAGCAUUGGACUAAAAAGACUCCCCAUCCGCGCUCAGUUUAUGGCGAAUCACCCCUUCCUGUUCUUUAUAAGGCACAUUGACACGAACACGAUUCUCUUCUAUGGAAAGCUCGCCUCUCCAUAAACACACAGGGCCAAGCAAGGCGCAAAGACCCAGAAGAUGUGCAGGGGUGAAUUUGUGACUACCCCAUCACCAAAAAAAAAAAAAAAAAAAAAAAGGAAUAAAAACCAAAACAAGCAAACUCUUCAUUCUGAUUUGGGGCAAAUCACAUGCCUCAUACACCUUUGUGUCUUGGUUUGUUCAUCUACGAAGUGGGUCAAGGAUCUCUUGCAACUUAUUCUAUAAGUUAGUGAACCCUAAAUGAAUGGCAGUUGUGGAAAAAAGGUACACUUACACUAAAGCUUUUCUCACUAUUUUUGGGGCCACUGGGGUGACAUGAUCAAGGAAAUGAGAACAAUUUUAAAGGAUUAGAUUCUCUUGACUCAUACAUGUUCGUAAGAUUUUAAAAAACAAUCACUCUGCCUCCAGAAAACUUUCACCUUUUGAUGGAUUUUUAAAAAUUACUAUUUUGCUUGCUUGUGUAAAUAUAACAUCUUAAAUUUUAGUUCAAAAAUCUGCAUUGCCUAUAAUAAAUACAUGA